AGUCUCACAAUAAAAUCAAAAUGGAUAAAUUGAACUUCUAUUCUUCUUUUUUCCUUAAUUUCUCACAUGUUGGAGCGACGAAAUAUCAUCACAAAGGAAUUAACGGUAACAAAUAAUAAAAGCGUUAUUAUAAAAGCUGCUUAGGCUUCCCGGCCUUUCAGGAAAUGUUAGUGCAUGUUUAUAAACUAAAAGACAGCUUUCUGACAAACUAAAUAACCUCUCAAACAUUUUAAGCCUCCACAUAAUGAAAAGGUGAUUUUCUUUCUCUUGAAACAAUCAGGCUAUAGUUUACAUUUUUGAUUUAAUCUAAAUACAGUCUUUUGAGUUUGUGAAAAAGACACGCCACUUCAAGCAUGGUGCAAUUCAAAGAGACACACCAACACCAUGCAGGUUUUUUAGAAGAAACGGGUUUUAAGUGGAGGAAAAGUCCGCGGAAUUCGUUUUUUAAGUGCUUUCAGUUGCUCUUUUAAGUAAACUGUUAAAUCAUUAACAAAUCUGUAUAAAUCUCCUUCCCGCCAGCAGCUCUCUGUGUUUCUCCUGCAGGCCUCAGAAACAUUUCCAUCUUUUCACAAACCUCUCUGCUCUGGUCUUGGGACCCGGACCCGGACACGGAGGCGGGGAAAGUGGGAGGGGCCUCUCGCGGUGGUCUCUGCGCUGAUUGGCUGCCCAAGCUGUCCGUCACCCAGGAGCUGCUCGCUGGUUGGCUGAGGGAGGCGGAUCCGCAGGUGUCCUCCGCUCAUAGAGGCGCGGGGCGGAGAGAAGGUGAUCAAUCUCAAUUUCGUCUCCAUUAGAAACAAGAAAAUCACCUAACACUCUGACAGACAGCGACAAGCCCCCUGAAAGCAAAUGAGUCUGAUUUAUUUGGCUGCAAAAACACCCGGAAACGCGUGCUGAUAUUUCUGCGUGUUUUUCUGUGUGAUGCUGCCCGGUUCCGCGCGCUGUUGUUUGUUUUUCAGCGAGUCUGUUUGAGUUCGUCAGACUUCCUCCUGCUGGAUAAUUUUACUGCUGCUCGCGUCUGGUGGCCCGGGAGCUCGGGAGAAGGGAAGAGGAGAAAAACAAGUUUCUUGGAUCGGUCCCCUGUCCCGUCAAGCUGCAGCAUCGGGGGAAACCGAACCACUGGCCGGAGCUGGGUGGAGCAGUGACCGCCUGUAGCAUGAUGUCCUACCUCAAACAGCCCCCCUACGGCGUCAACGGCCUGGGGCUCAGCGGCGCCAUGGACCUGCUGCACCCCUCCGUGGGCUACCCAUCGACUCCCAGGAAGCAGCGCAGGGAGCGGACCACCUUCACCCGCACUCAGCUCGACAUCCUGGAGUCUCUGUUCGGGAAGACCCGGUACCCGGACAUCUUCAUGCGGGAGGAGGUCGCCCUGAAGAUCAACCUGCCGGAGUCCAGAGUCCAGGUGUGGUUCAAGAACCGGAGGGCCAAGUGUCGCCAGCAGGCGCAGAGUGGCAACAAUGCAAAGGCCCGGCCUCCUAAGAAGAAGUCGUCUCCGGCCCGGGAGAGCACCGGCUCGGAGAGCAGCGGGCAGUUCACUCCGCCGGCCGUCUCCAGCACCGGCUCGUCCUCGUCCUCUUCCUCCUCCACCAAUCACACGGGCCCUGCGGCGCUCAGCAGCACCUCUACCUCCAUCAGCACCGUCUCCUCCAUCUGGAGCCCCGCCAUCUCCCCCGGAAAUGCUACGGCUCCUGCGGUGGCCCCGAUCCCCGAGCCCGGACCGCCGUCUAACGCCUCCUGUAUGCAGCGUUCGAUGUCAGGCUCCGCCGCCGCUGCCACCUCCUACCCCAUGUCCUACAACCAGACGCCGGGGUACGGGCAGGGCUACCCCACCCCGUCCAGCUCUUACUUCAGCGGGGUGGAUUGUGGCUCCUACCUGGCCCCCAUGCACUCCCACCACCACCCCCACCAGCUCAGCCCCAUGACGGCCUCCUCCAUGUCCGGCCACCCGCACCACCACAUCAGCCAGUCGUCGGGGCACCACCACCACCACCACCAGGCGUACGGAGGCUCCGGCCUGGCCUUCAACUCCUCCGACUGCCUGGAUUACAAAGAGCAGACUGCAGCCUCCUCGUGGAAGCUCAACUUUAACACCACAGACUGCUUGGACUACAAAGACCAGGCCUCCUGGAGGUUCCAAGUCUUGUGAUCGGGCUUUUUUUCUUUCUUCCUCCUCCAGCUCGUCAGCUUCUUUUAUUUUCCAGAUUAGCAUAUUGCUUGUUUUCAAAAGACAAAAAGAGUUUAUGAACCAUAAGAUAGCAGCAAUCGGACUUUGUUUUACCCUCGACGUCUUUUUAACAGCAGAAGAAAUGGAAGAGAACCAGUCCCUGGAAUGCUGAGGAGAGCAAACAUCAGGAGCCGUUUCCUGACGAUGAAGAAUGGGUUUUUAAAAGACGUUGAUUCUUGGAUGACUUUAUGAAACUGUUUUUGAAAACUACAAAAAAAGUCAUUUCAACCGAACACCUUUGACCACCAGCUCUCUGGAUGGGAGGAAUAUUUCCCCCUGGACAGGAACUCGCCCUCUUUACCUCCCAAUCAAAUCCUGUAAAGUUUUUAUUUCUGAAAUUUGUUAUUUUAGGAUGACAGAGAUUUUUAGUCAGCGACAUCGUGGAGCUGAAAUAUGUAAAUAUGUAUUUGGGUCAGUUACAGUGACCAUGUUUAGUUGGUGUUUUUUUUUCCGAAUUUGAAAUUGUUUAUUACCACUUUGGGAGAAAAAAAAGAUUAAAAAAAACCCUGUAUGUAAAUCUUUCCAAAUAUUCCAAAGAGAACAAAUUGGCCAUAAGGUUCAGCUUUUAUAUCCUAGGUUGUUUUACUCAGAAAAAAAAAUGUUUUGGCAAUUUGAAAUGUCUGGGGGUGGGGGGGGGGGUGGGAUACAACUCUAAAAUAUAGAUGCAGUUUGUUUUCCGGAUAUUAUUAUUCUAACCUCUACAUUUUCAAACCCGACCUCCUCUCUUGGGCAUUGUCGUGAUAUAUUGGACAUGUUUGAACCGCAGCACUUGGCUUGAAAUUGGAGUCAGAGCAUUUUUAUUUUUGGAGAGGAAAAUGUGGAUUUAUUAGCUCCAAAAUGACAGUAAGAUGUUGAAUGUAUCUUUAAGGCGAACCACCCUUACAUACAUGUUCAUCCAAUAAAGAUCCGUUAAGUCAUAUUUA